CUCCAGUCCCGGAUUUUCGCUCGAGCCAUGCUGUUGGAUCCAGCAGCAGCGAACGCCUGUUUAUCCCGCCUCUCUCCCCUCUCUCCCUCUCCCUCUGCCUCUCUCGCGCUGCGCGCCGCUCUGGUCUGCUGCAGUGGAUGGUCCUGGCGGUGCGCUCGCAACUCAGCCUCAGCGGUGGAGAUCGGAGCGUCUCAGUGUCAUUUCCCCCACCCACCUUUCCCCCCGCCUUUUCAGCCCUCGUUCCCCUUUGCCACCCGUCAGAUGGGGUCUGGAUAAAUGUGCGGGGGAAAAGUCGUAGGAUAGACGGAGUGGGGGGGGGAGAGAGAGAGAGAGGGAAGAGCUCAGGAAGUCUUCAAUCCAACAUCUCCUGCACAUGUGACGUGUGUGAUGUUCCUCUGUCUCCGGAUGACAGAGAAGCUUGCGCUCUCGGAUGCCUCCUGCUUUUAGACUCUGUGCCAGAAUCACAGUGCACACUGUGUGGUGAACCAGAAGACCAGCAGUAUUCAUGGUCGCCCUCGCAGUACUUCGAUGAGGACAGCUACUCCCCUCCACCCAGGAACAUGAAGGGUCUCUCCGGUGGCCGGCCUUCCCAGCUCCAGCUCACCUCUCCCGCCUCGGCCCACACCUGUGGCCUGGCUGAAUGUGACCAUUCCCUGGACCACCACCUCCAUCAUGGUGACUCGAGGUCACCCUCCUACCUCCUUAGCCCCACUGAGAGCUGCCCCCUUGAUGGCCACCACUGCUGCUCCCCACGGAGCUCCAUCCACUCUGAGUGCAUGGUGAUGCCGGUGUCCAUGUCGGCCACUGACCACUCCAUCUCUAGUAGCACUUUCCCCCGCAUGCACUAUGGCAGCGCUUCACGGGACAGCGGUGGGAACACCUCUGGUGGCAGGGACUCCCGAGACGACGGUGGCUCAUCCUCGCAUGGCGGCAGCGGCAAAAUGAACAGAAUCCCAGCAAACCUCCUGGACCAAUUUGAAAAGCAGAUGCCGCUGCACCGGGAUGGCUUCCACACGUUGCAGUACCAACGCACCUCCACCACCACCACAACCACAGAGCAGCGCCAUGAGAGUCCCGGGCGAAUACGCCACUUAGUUCACUCGGUACAGAAGCUGUUCACGAAGUCGCACUCUCUAGAAGGAUCCUCCAAGAUGAACGGUACCAAAGGCGACUCGCACCGGGACAACUCACACCACCACCAUCACCACCACCAAGGCCACCACAAACACAGCAAGCGCAGCAAGAGCAAAGACCGCAAGUCUGAGGGCAGUGGCAAGCAACGCUCGGGAGGCUGGUGGAGCUCGGACGAUAACCUGGAUAGUGACAGCACGUACAGGACACCGAGCAUCAUGUCGCGGCAUCCCGUGGACCAUAUCAGCCACUGCUACCCGGACUCCAUGCACAGCCACCUGGCGGGAGACCUGUCGCUAAAGACCUCCAAGAGUAACAAUGACGUCAAGUGCUCAGCCUGCGAGAGCAUAAGCAUGGCGCCGGAGGGCAAGUUCAUGAAGAGGAGCUCCUGGUCAACGCUCACAGUCAGCCAAGCCAAAGAGGCCUACAGGAAGUCCUCACUCAACCUGGAGAAGCCCAUGACACCCACUGACCUCAAGGCCAACAUCAGGCCCUGUCACUAUCUACAGGUGCCCCAGGAUGAGUGGGGGGGUUACCCUGGCGGCGGGAAGGACGACGAGAUCCCCUGUCGCCGGAUGCGGAGCAGCAGCUAUGUCAAAGCCAUGGGGGACGAGGAGAGUGGCGAGUCGGACUCCAGCCCAAAGACGUCGCCUCAGAAGUCGGUGCGGCCGGACGCCCUGGUCAAGGCCAUCAUCAGACCCCGGGACCUGCUGGACUCUCAGAGCUCUUACCGCCUGGAUAAAAUCAACAGUGACAUGCGUAACUACAUCACCAAUUUUGCUGCUGACUUAAGUCAGAGCUACCACAUGCAAGCCGCCAGGGACAUGCACCCGAGCAUUGCCCUGGAUCCCUGUGCCAACUACAACUCGCCCAAGUUUCGCUCCAGGAACCAGAGCUACAUGCGGGCCGUCAGCACCCUCAGUCAGGCAAGCUGUGUUAGCCAAGUGAGCCAGGUGAGUGAAACAGAAAUCAAUGGGCAGUUUGAGUCGGUGUGCGAGUCGGUCUUCAGUGAGGUGGAAUCCCAGGCCAUGGAGGCUUUGGACCUUCCCGGCUGCUUCCGUACCCGGAGUCAUAGCUACCUGCGAGCCAUCCAGGCCGGCUACUCCCAAGACGAUGACUGCAUCCCCCCCAUAGCCUCCACUGUCACCUCCACCAUCAGGGCCACCACAGGGAUCCAGUUCUGCCUCCCCUCCACCUGCAGCAUUGAUCGGACUCCCCAGCAAACCCCAGCCAUCACCUACACACCCAACUACAAGAAGAACCCGCCGCCGGUCCCCCCGCGCACCACCUCCAAACCCCUCAUCUCCAUCACGGCCCAGAGCAGCACCGAGUCCACCCAGGACGCGUACCACGACGGGAGGCACCCCCACGGCGGGACGUGGGCCCCCGACGGCCUGGGCCUGGGCCUCGGCCCGGCCCGGGCCCUCUACAACUCCAACGACAGCCUGGACAGCACCAAAGCCGUGACCAUAGCCAUGGAGGCGGCCGGGGUCAUGGCUGGAAAGAGGCACCCGUCCACAGACAGCCACAGCUCGGUGCUCACCUGCGACAAGGCCAUACUGGUGUCCAAGGCUGAGGAGUACCUCAAGACCCCGCGAUCGUCUAUAGGGAUACAGGUGGAAGCAGCCACUGACUCCGAGUCGGAAAGCAAAGGCUCGCCGGAGUACCACUCCGUGGGGAUCCAGGUAGAGGAUGAUAAGAAAGGACAGGGCAGGUUCAAACGCUCCAACAGCGUGACGACAGCUGUGCAGGCCGACAUGGAGCUGGAGGGCUUCCCCACCAUGGAGGACAAGGGCCUGCAGUUCGGCGGCGGCUUCCAGCGCCACUCGGAGCCCAGCACCCCCACGCAGUACGGGGCGGUGCGCACCGUGCGCACCCAGGGACUCUUCAGCUACCGCGAGGAUUACCGCACCCCCGCCGAACCCACCAGCCCCAGGGAGGCGACCAGCGAGAACACCUGGCAGCUGGAGCCGCCCUCCCCGCGGGAGAGUGCGGUCUCGUCGGUCGACUCGGGCAGGGCGUCCCCCUCCCUGCGGAGGGACGGGAGCUGGUUCAUGCAGCUGCUCCACACGGAGACCAAGAGGAUCGAGGGCUGGUGCAAGGAGAUGGAGGCAGAGGCGGAAGAGAAUGACCUGUCAGAGGAGAUCCUAGGCAAGAUCCGAAGUGCGGUUGGAAGUGCUCAGCUGCUCAUGUCUCAGAAGUUCCAGCAGUUCUACUGGCUGUGUCAGCAAAACCUGGACCCCAGCGCCAUGCCGCGGCCCACCUCUCAGGACCUGGCUGGCUUCUGGGACCUGCUGCAGCUCUCCAUCGACGACGUCACCAUUAAGUUUGAGCAGCUGCAGCAGAUCAAGAACAACAACUGGAGGCCCGUCGACAGCCCAGAGAAGAAGCCACCAGCUCCAGUACCAAAGAAGACAGUUCGGCAGAGGAGUUUGAUCACACGGGAGAAAUCCUUGGACCUCCCCGAUAGGCACCGGCAGGAGGCUCGGCGGCGGCUCAUGGCAGCCAAGCGGGCAGCCUCCUUCCGGCAGAACUCCGCCUCGGAGCGAGCGGACAGCAUCGAGAUCUAUAUUCCCGAGGCUCAGACUAGACUUUGAGAAGAUAGGGUCAGGGUGUCUCCCUGCUCCCACAUUCAAACAACUUUAAAAACUAGCCUUUUUUCUAGACUGCUCCUCUCUUUACUCUUCCUUUAUCCAUCUGUUGGCCGCUCUCGAAAAAAAAGCCAUCCCCAGUAUCCAUCGCCAUCGGCCUGUAGGAUGUGCCAAGCCUCUUCUCCCAUCGCCAGAAUAUGUGUUAGCAGAAGUGUAUGUCUGACAUGGGUCAGUUGGGUUUCCUCUCGGUUUGCUGGUGGUCCCGAUAUCCAGCCUACAAGCUCUCUCGCCCGAUGUCCUGGAUGGGUACAUCUGUAGUUUUUCAGCAUUUGCAAAGUGCCAAUUAAAAAGUGCAGCUUUGAAAACCUACCAGCAACCAGGCCUUUGAGCUAAAACGAGUAAACGAGAGAAAUUAUAUUUGAUUUCAAGUGGUUAAAAUAUGGUCAAAGUUAGUGAACCUUCAGUAUUUUUAGAUCAUUUAAAGUUACUUUUUUUUCCCCCUCUGUUCUUUUUGGAGUAGAUGUUAAUUACAAGCUGAAUAUCACAGAAUUGUUGUCAGUUCAAAACUUUUAAAAGUGCCAAUGCUUGAAAUACCUCAACUAUGUGCAAGUGGCACUGAUCACCCACUCAAGGUUAUUCAGGCAGCCCUUAUAAGCUCUGGACUGGUCAGUGUUGAAAAAUGCAGCUUUCUACCCAAUCUGGUUGUAGUCUAACAUUUCUCAUGGUCUGGAUUGGUGGACGAACGACAUCCGUCAGCUCAUUACCGUGCACAUGUCAAAAUACUUUCCAAGUUAUCUCAUGCUCCUGUUGCCAACUUUUAAAUAUGGACAUUUACUUGAAGCAGAAAACAUGCAAGUCUCGUGGCAACAUGUUCAUUACGUCAGUGCAGUAGAAGACAAAGAACAAAACAUGAAAGUUUGUGUAACUCCUUAGAUCAAAAUGUGUAGACAAAUGCACUUAUGCACUUAUUACAAUUCUCUCUAUUUCCAAGGGAAAUGUACAUACCCAAGUUCACAAUAGUACUGUUGUAUUUUUGAAUUGUGAGCGGGAAGAAUAAGAAUAUUUCAUUGUGUAAUUAUUUUGUCUCUCCCCCCACAUGUCCACUGCUUCCCUGCCCUCUCCAUUGCUUUUGACAAAUCUGGAUUUCUUGCAGCAUGUUCACACACACGCACGCAAAAUCAAACUGCUGUGUUUUCAUCCAAUAUGCUUCUCUCAGGCCCCCCUCCAAGUAGUGCCCCCCCCCCCCCCCCGACACAGUUAAUGAGUGAUAGAAAAAUACAAUCAAAACAUAAACAAAGUAUCUGCAUUCGAGUUUCUUUAAAUAAAGAAAGAGCCUCGCAAUUUUCAUAUUUCUUGAAAAAGUUGCUGAGAGUCCAUCUAAUCAGUAUCGUAGUUGCCUAGUUGACUCCUUCUAGGAAAGACGGAGAAGUAAUGAAAAGGAAUUGGGGCAAAGGCAUUCCACAGGGAUGAAAGGAAGCAAGGCCCCGAUAUCUAAAACAUUUGCGAGUCCCCCAUUUAAAUGAAACACACGAGGAACAGGAUAUUAACUGUCUGUGGCUGUGCAGACCAGUGUGUGAUAUAUUUUGUGAGAUCUGUGUUAUUUGUCGGUUGCACUCAGCUCUUUGUAAAUUCAACCUAGCUUUACUGUAAGUGGAGAAUUCCACGUGAAUUAAAACGGGGGGUUGCACCAUGCAAACAAGUUCACAGUAGUAGACGUGGUAAUGGAUAUUUACGAAUAUCUGGUGCAACCCUUAUCCUGGUACGGGAUGCAGAAGUGGAAAGCCAACGUUUAAAUUCUGUGGGCCUUGGAUCCGAGUCCUAGUGGUCACAGUGUCCCCUCCCAGGUUUUUAUAAGUAAAUGAAUCAUAAACGAUAAUCCCAUCCUGAGCGAAAAACUACAAUUCCGCUUCUCUCUCUUCCCCUACAUUCAAAGCGCUGCCCUGAAGACCGAGGGUCUGUUGGUGGACACUUUGAAUAAUCCAUCAACGAAAUGGUGCUGCUUUUUAUUUAAUCAAUACCGUACGAGACAAACAAUCAACGCAACACGGUGUCCCGAUAGCUAAUCGAAACAUCACUUCAACAAAAAACUAUUUUUAUGACUCAGAAAACUUUUGGUUGAUUAAUCGCGCCAGUGUGCCCGGCUUCACUAAGCAUUGGACCGGGGAGACUUAUCACACCGAGCAGUCACGACAAAAGGUUCGCCGCUGUGAUUUUGACCCUGCAACUUGACUGCAAAACAUAUUUUAGAUACCAUGGCAUAUCAUUUACUUUUUUUCGUGCUACAGAUUGUAUUUUUGAUAAAAAUACAAUCCAAAUUUUUUAACCUCAGAGGAUCUCUGGUAGAUUUAGGAAGACAAAAGAAAAAAGGCCCCUGAACCAAUCACGACUCCAAGUCAACGGUAGACUGUUUUCCGGAGUUCAAAAAACCCGACCUCCACGACCAACCGAGUCCAGUCGCCCCCCCCCCCCCCCCUUGAUUCCACCUUCCUCGGAUAGCCGUGACCUGGACGACGUCAACCUCUGACCAAGUCAGAGCGCAUUGUUCACUUUGUUAUUCACCUUCGAAUCUCCUAGCGGAUCUCAGACGACACGUUUCCGAGAGCUGAGGAGUAUUUGUUUUUCAGUCCAACGAAUACUCGAGUAACCAAAGGCAUCCGUGGGGUGAGGGUGUUUCUGACAUGUUGUGCCAUACUUAAGUUUAAACACCCCGCCCCCCCACCCCCACCCACCCCCUUACAGAGGCAGGGACCUUUAACAGUUUGACAGCAGGUUUCUGGAAAGCGCCAGUGUGUGUGUGUGUGUGAUGCCAGGCAGUUUGGCAGAGCAGAGACGUGCCCCUGCUGUUGCCACGGUCGCAGGCAGACGGGGGGAGCGACAGACUCGGCCUGACAUAUGCUGGCUUAGAGGAGCCGAGAGCUCCGCGCUGAGCCCCCCGACUGCUGGUGUCGUACGCCGUUGUGUCGUACGCUGUUGUUUUCGAGCUGCGAGGCUGUUCUGUGCGGCUCGCCCGGGCGCUGCGCUGGGUGUGUGUUUUUUUCAGCCUUCCCUUGACUGAAGCAAAGCAGCUUAUGUAAGAUUUUUGGGUCCUUGGUUGGGAUCAAAAGCCUCCGAGGCCUUUCAAACGCUUAUUUUGAGAGAUGUUUCGCUGAGUAGCGGCCCCUCACUGUAGAGCUUAAGCAUCAGCACUGUCAAAAAUUUCAAUCUGGACCUCCGCUGGGCUGCGUUGACCGAGGGGCUGCCGUCGGAACACAUCCGAGGUGUUUCCCUCGUAUGCAAACUGACCAGGGCCGCGGACGAAAUGGACUGUAUCCGACGCCUUGCUUUUCGGUUUGAGGCAGUUCUCUGGCUCCUCUGAAGAGACAUUCAUAUAAUUGCGAUGAGACCGUUUGCCUAGUUGGACCGUGACUGAACCAUUUCAAACAGCGGUAGCGAGAUCAGUGCCAGAAGUCGUGUGGGAGCGGGAACAAAUGUUGAAAAGGGGAUUUGUGCAAUAGAGACUUUAGUGAAUUUGCAGCUACAGUCAGAAAGAAAGGUUUGCAGAUAUGUCAUAUAUUUAGUUUUAGACCCAUUUCCUCUCUGGAAAAAAACCCCACCUCGGUAAGAUCUCACAUCUUAUUAAACGACUUUCUGCUGUCAAGGUUACUGGAGGUCAAACUUGUCCCUGUGAAAUUCAUUUUUCCACUAAUAAGACGUGUGUUUUUUUGUUUUCUUGCACUCAUUUUGUCCAAAGCUCUAAUGGCCUCCCCUUGAUUUCAGUGAUGGUGUAUUUUCUUGGCUGUGUGGCUGUUGUACUUUGGAAUCUGUCGGUUGGCGUGCAUGUGAUACUGUGAGCGUUGGAGGAUUCCUCACUCGGUAAGAAGUACUGUAGCUGCAAUUAUUUAUUCAUUCUUUUUAGGUUAAAAGAUUAUGGUACUUUCACAGGUCACCCAUCAACACCUCCUGAAAACCCAGAGGGCAGGAGAUGUCGUCAUAGUCACUUCUAAUAUCGUAAGGGCAGCAAAUAACUACAAGUGCCAUCUUAUCCAGCAUACUGUAAAACCAUUACUCCCCACGUUCACACAUCCUUCGUCAGGCCUGUGUCAGCGGACCAUGUCCUCCAUCGCCCAUGAUCUCGACCCACACGUUGACAUCCUGUGGCCUCUCUUCGAGUAUGCGACUGUCCGUCUGCUUUGGGCUCUCGAGCCCACGAUGUGAAAUAUUUCAAGGGGACUUUUUUUCGUAAAAAACACGCCGUGGAAAGAGCGUCAGACUCUCUGAGAUAUAGCCUGAUACAACACUUCCUUGAACUUGGAAUGUGAAACGACUCUAUAAUUACUAGAUAAAAUGAAGAAAAGAAAAAAACAGUAGUUGUUUAGCUAAAACUAUUUUCAUCUCUUGUAUAUCAUAUCUAUAGUGAGGAUGAAUAUAAUUCCAAAUAUUCAUUAAUUUGUAAAGAAAUAUAUAUAUAUAGAUAUAUAAAUAUAUAAUAUAUGCUUCAUUAAAAGACAUAACUAUUUUCUGCUCUUGCUCAUGUUUAGUUGUCAUUUUUACUUUGUUAUGGUUUGUUUUAUAAGCUGAUAUGAUGGCAUGCGAAAUACUGAUUCUGAAUGUAGGCUUUUUUUUGUCACAGACGAUGACACUGUCCCACUGAUGUACAUUUGUUACGUAUUUAUUUAAGUCGAUCACAUAUGCAUUUCUAAAUGUGUGUUAUUUCAGUGCAAGUUACUGUAUCCCCUGGGUUAUUUUUUUGUAUUAUUUGAGUAGUUUGCAACAACAUAUGCAUCUCCCUCCAUUCUUUCCUAGCUGAGCUAUCGAAAGAUUUUGCCUCUUUUGAGUAGUUUGAUCAUUGCUGAGGUCAUCCAGUGUAAAUAAUUCUGCGAUUAAAUUUUUGGAGAAAAAGUU